CAAAAUGUCAAGUCUAUAAAUACACGCCCUGUUCCGUAGUGCCUUCCAUAAUUGACAUUUCUGUACAAUGGAUUCCCAAUCUCAAUCUCCCUCAGUUGAAACCCUAGAUCACAACUCAUCACUAAAGCAUGCCCAACUUCACGCUUCUGACAAUUCCGGUCCAAAUCAAGCAUCAGAGGAGCAAAACCUCGGUGAAUUCACUCUGAAGCGCGAGAUUCAGAGGCCCUUAUUGUCGGAAAACGGGUUGACAAACACUCACAGCGGCACCGACAGGGACCAAUCAGGCGGUGAGGAAGAAACCAGCAGUAGAAGGAGACGGAGGAGCCGUUGGGACCCACCUCCCACUGAAUCAACCAAUGAUGGGAACGGGGGCGGUGAUGGAAGUGGGACCGGAAGAAAGAGGAAGUCGAGGUGGGCUGACGAUGAGCCCAAACCCGUUAUUCAAUUGCCGGAUUUUAUGAAAGAUUUCACUGGAGGUAUUGAGUUUGAUCCUGAAAUCCAAGCUCUUAAUAGUAGAUUACUUGAAAUUAGUAGGAAAUUGCAAUCGGGUAUGCCCUUAGAUGAUAGACCUGACGGUGCUAGGUCGCCUUCGCCUGAACCUAUAUAUGAUAAUAUGGGAAUUCGUAUAAACACCAGGGAGUAUCGCGCACGAGAAAAGCUGAAUAGGGAGAGACAAGAGAUUAUAUCACAAAUCAUUAAGAAGAACCCUGCUUUUAAGCCUCCUGCUGAUUAUAGGCCUCCCAAGCUUCAAAAGAAGCUAUACAUUCCCAUGAAGGAGUUCCCUGGUUAUAAUUUUAUUGGGCUGAUUAUUGGUCCAAGAGGGAAUACUCAGAAGAGGAUGGAAAAGGAGACGGGAGCAAAGAUUGUAAUUCGAGGCAAAGGGUCAAUCAAGGAGGGUAGGUUCCAGCAAAAGGGGAAUUUAAAACCUGACCCUGCCGACAAUGAAGAUUUACAUGUGUUAGUGGAAGCUGAGAACCAGGAGUCUGUUGAAGCUGCUGCGGCUAUGGUGGAGAAGCUCUUGCAGCCUGUUGAUGAAGUGCUCAAUGAACAUAAGAGGCAACAGCUUAAGGAACUUGCUGCUUUGAAUGGAACAAUUAGAGAUGAGGAGUUUUGUAGGCUAUGUGGUGAACCAGGGCAUAGGCAGUAUGCAUGUCCUUCUCGCACCACCACCUUUAAGAGUGACGUUCUGUGUAAAAUAUGUGGUGAUGGGGGACAUCCUACUAUCGACUGUCCAGUGAAAAAUACUACCGGCAAGAAAAUGGAUGAUGAGUACCAGAAUUUUCUCGCAGAGUUGGGAGGUACCAUUCCUGAAUCACUAACAAAGCAAAACUCAGCAACGCUAGCUCUUGGCGCGGGAAACUCAGGAAGCAAUCCUCCUUGGGCAAGCAAUAAUAGUGCUGGUGGUGCUGGUGCCAGUUCACAUCCUGGCUUAGGGUCAAGUAUGCUAAAGCCAAAGGAGUUUGACGAGACAAACUUGUACAUCGGUUACUUGCCACCUACUCUUGAAGAUGACGGUUUGAUCAAUUUAUUCUCUCCAUUUGGUACCAUUGUGAUGGCUAAAGUUAUAAAAGAUCGUCUAAGUGGUCUGAGUAAAGGUUAUGGAUUUGUUAAGUUUGCGGAUGUUCAACAAGCUAAUAGUGCUAUAACUAGCAUGAAUGGCCACUGUCUUGACGGAAGAACCAUUGCUGUGAGAGUUGCAGGUAAGCCGCCUCAGCCUGCUGUGCCUCCAGGACCUGCUCCGGCAAUGCCUUCAUAUCCGGUUCCUAAUCAGGGCAUGGGCGCAUAUCCGUCCCAGCAUUAUGCAGCUGGUGGUCCCAUUGGCAAUGCCCCCCCUGGUAGCUAUCCCCCACCUGGUGCUCCAGUUCCAUGGGGGCCACCUGUGCCUCCUCCAUAUGCCCAGUACCCACCUCCUCCUCCUGGCGCAGCCAUGUAUCCUCAUGUUGCAGGUCAAUCCAUCCCUCCAUAUGGAAUGCAGUAUCCUCCUUCAAUUCCAACAGCCUCUUCUGGUGCCCCUUCUCAGACUGUUUCUUCUGGUGAAAACCAACAAACUUAUACAUCUCCAGUUGAGGCACAGCAAAGCUAUCCUCCUGGACUGCAAUCCCAGAGUGUCUAUGGCAAUUCUGACACAGCAAUGCCACCUAAUGCUCAACCUGCAUACCCAACAUCAUCAUACAGCUAUCCAUCUUAUUAUGGUGUCGUACCACCACCUCCUCCUCCAUCUGCAUCCCAGUCCAAUGGGAAUUAUUCACAGGGUAUGAGUAAUGUUCCCUGGGCUCCAAAUCCACCAACUCAUGCACCUCCAUCAUCAGCGGAGAAGCCUGCAUAUGGUGCGGAUGCAGAGUAUGAGAAGUUCAUGUCAGAAAUGAAGUCAUGAUGCAAUUGCUGUAUCACCUGCACUAUUAGGCUGAUGUGUUGGAGCAUUUCACCUGAUUUCUUCCCUCUUGCCAUGACUUAGUUGUUGGAAGUUUCAGACUCACAUCUUUAACCUUGUUGUACUGUUAUGCAGAGAGAUGAGACAUUCAGUUCAUUCAGCUUGUGUUGGAGCAUUAAAUCAGUGGAUUAUGGAUAUUAAUUAUGCUUUUUGUAGGAUUCGUUUCUGGGGAUUGGCUUCCAGCGUUGUUUUUCAAAUUUUAUUUUAAUGAUUUGUUGGAUUUUCUUGAUGACUAAUCACUGACAGUUUGUGUUUCUCUCCACUUUGUCUUCUUUACCACUAAUCUCCUUUGCUUUUCUCUUUUAACUUGGUUAUCUCUUUUACUUUCUGGGGUCAUUUAACUAUUGAGAGUUCAGAAAGCAGCCUGAUGCUUGCCUCUGCUAUUCCUCCCGAAAGGUGAAGCAUCUUCAAAUUUUGAAGGUUCCCAGGGUAUGUGAAUUUGAUAGUGUGAUGACUGCAUUCACAUGUCUACUAAUUAACUUGAUUACUCGUUCUGAUACAUUUUCCAGAUGUAUUGUGACAGGAAAAGAUGCUUGUGUUGGAAUGUAUUAUCCUGUGCUGGACUGAUUUGUGUCUUAAAAUCACUUAUCCUGUUGGGUAUCUUAAUUUGAAUUUUAUUUUGGAUUCUGUGAUGUUUAUCAAGAAAGUUCUCUGUGCAAUGGGAAUUAACUGAAGCCCAUCAGGGAGAAGUGAGAAUGAGUAGCAUUUAAAUGUGAUGGGCUAAACUAGGACAUUUCUAACCUGGUUAUGAACUUUUUAUUUGAAGGGGGCGGGGUGUGUGGGAAUCAAGUACAUGACUAUUUCAAUACUCUUCCAAUGAAGAGCACUGCUAUAGCAGGAAGCUAGCAGUCACUUUGAAUUUGACAUUGUUAUCUUAGAUUUUGAUUUGUGGCUCGGAAGUCUUAGAGAAACGGAAAGCACUAGCAGACAAAGUGGUUGAAUCACAUAGUAAAUAGGAGAUCUUGUGAGGAUGAAUAUAUUUGUACAUCUCUUCUUUUAUUCUUGUGAAUACAUAGUUGAGACAUUUCAAGCUACAUCUCCGCAGAAGUGUUUUUUCUA